AUGUUUCGUCCAAUUAGCACAUCUUCAAUCAACAAAUUUUUAAAAUUUAUACUUUCAAAUUCUACAUUUAAUAGACAAAUUUAUUCAUUUUCUUCUGGCCCCUUUCGUAUUGUGGAAGUUGGGCCUAGAGAUGGGUUGCAAAACGAAAAAAGGAUGGUACUAACAAGCACAAAAAUUGAAUUGAUUAAUCGACUAGUUGAAUGCGGACUUAAAACUGUUGAGGCAACCAGCUUUGUUUUACCAAAAUGGGUUCCACAGUUUGAGGAUUGUAAUGAAGUUAUUAGCGCUUGUAAAAAGAUUCGAGGUGUUUCAUAUCCUGUUCUUGUUCCUAAUUUGGAAGGCCUUACAAAUGCUCUGAAGAAUGGGAAUGUUAAGGAAAUUGCGGUUUUUAUUGCAGCAUCGAAUACUUUUAACAGGAAAAAUUUAAAUUGUUCACUCAAGGAAGGCGAAAAGCGUCUUAAAGAAGUUACAGAAGAGGCGUUGAUUACAGGCUUAAAAGUCCGGGGUUAUAUAAGCACAGUUUUUGGCUGUCCCUAUGAGGGACAUGUGGAUCCUAUUCUGGUUACGAAAAUGACUGAAAAGUUGCUUGAUUAUGGUUGUUAUGAAGUAAGCCUCGGUGAUACAAUCGGCGUUGGAACUGCGGGUAGUGUUGCUAAUCUGUUGGAUGAAUUGUCGUUAGCUUCUAUUCCAUUUUCAAAAAUUGCCGUUCAUUUUCAUGAUACUUAUGGACAAGCUUUAAGCAAUGUUCUUAUUUCUAUUGAGAAAGGUAUCAGAGUUGCAGACAGCAGUAUUGCCGGGCUUGGAGGUUGUCCAUUUGCAAAAGGCGCUACAGGGAAUUUAGCCACAGAAGAUCUUGUUUAUAUGCUUGAAGGAUGUGGAUUCUCCACUGGUGUAAAUUUGGAAAAACUUGUUGAAACUUCCGAUUGGAUAUGCACAGAAAUGGGACGUGAAAAUCAGUCUAGAGUGGCAAAUGCUAUGCUUGGAAAGAAAAAGGACCGUUUAAUGAAACGUUAUGAGGGUGAUUUUUAAUUUUCUUGUAAACUUGAAGAAAUUUUAUUAAUAAAGUUUGGAACUUUCCAAAAAAAUUUUUAUUAAAUCUUUUGGAUGACUUUUGG